CACACAUCAGUGGGCUCUAUGUAUCUCUUACAUGACGAUGUGUGACAGCUACAAUCGACACAAUUGCCUUCAAAGUGCAGUGCACCCACUGUGCAGAGCGGAAGGAGACCCGGCUGUCAAUGAGCUCUUUGUCCGCAGCGCAGGUGCAAAUGAUGAGGAGCGGGCACAUACAGGGCGAUACAUCAAUAGCCAACAUAACUCAGGACCUUUACCAGAGGGCUGGACUUUGGUGGGACAAGUGGGCUGGCUGCUCUGUCUGCAGGAUGAGAAGAAAAGAAAGAAAUGGAAAACAGGGAGGGCCGAGUGGGGGUUUUGAAAGGCCCUUUCCACCCCUUCUACUCCCUCAAUUUAUAGGUCCUGCACACACACCCACAGACACACACACAGAUCCGAGAAGGCAAAGUCAGGAUGUGACAUCACCCACAGGAAGAGAAGCCAAACAACUUUUUCUCUCUUUACUGUGUUGUCUUUGCUGCAGAGUGACGUUGGAGACUCUCGGUCUGCUGGUGCCCGGCAGAGAGGGAGAGGAUCCAGAGGAGUUCGAGAGGGCAGAGCAGCUGGAUCUGUCCUCCACGGAGAGUUUGAAGUCAAGGGCUCCGGCGCCUGAAUCCUCCCUGAACUUUCCACCACAUUUCUCCGCUGUAGGAUUUCAGCCAGAAACGUCCCACCUUCUGAAAACAAGAGCUCCCUGCAAUCUGUGCACGACAGAAGCUGACCCCCUGUGACCAGAUUUCCGAGCUGAAUCCAGCCUGGUUGCAUCUCUCAGGAAGGUCACGCUUUAUCAAACUCAAAACACAUUACUAUUCCAGAGAGCUCACUCCCCCCUUAUCUCAGGGGAAGCCACGGAGUCAAUGGCGUUGUGUCUUGGACAAGUGUUCAGCAAAGACAAAACAUUCAGGCCGAGGAAACGGUUUGAACCGGGCACCCAGCGAUUUGAACUCUACAAAAAAGCCCAGGCCUCGCUCAAGUCUGGCUUAGACUUGAGGAAAGUAGUUCAGCUGCCAGAGGGAGAAAACAUCAGCGACUGGAUUGCGGUUCACGUGGUGGAUUUCUUUAACAGGAUCAACUUGAUUUAUGGCACGGUGAGCGAGUACUGCUCCGAGCGCACAUGUCCCAUCAUGUCUGGCGGGCUGAGGUACGAGUACAGGUGGCAGGAUGGCGACGACUACAAGAAACCCACCAAGCUGCCAGCUCUCAAGUACAUGAACCUGCUGAUGGACUGGAUAGAGUCGCUGAUCAAUAAUGAGGACAUCUUCCCCACCAGAGUAGGUGUACCUUUCCCCAAGAACUUCCAGCAGGUGUGCAAGAAGAUCCUGAGCCGUCUCUUCCGGGUGUUUGUGCACGUUUACAUCCAUCACUUUGACAGCAUCUGCAGCAUGGGUGCAGAGGCCCACAUCAAUACCUGCUACAAGCACUACUACUACUUCAUCUCGGAGUUCAACCUCAUUGAUCACUCUGAACUGGAGCCGCUGAAGGAGAUGACCGAGAAGAUAUGCAAUUAAACAAAACCACAUGGACAAAAGGAGUUUACAUUUUCACGUUAUCUGAGCCCUGUGAGAAAUCUUCGGCUUCAAAACACUCAAAACAAAGGACGUUUCUACAUAAAGUUGUAUGAGUGAUUUUCUAAGCAUUACUGGGAAGGUCCACUAGCUUACCACACUUCUUCAUGUGGUGACACUCCGCCUUCACAGAGGUUUUUAUUUACAGUAAGUGUGGUGCUUGAUGCCAUCAUUAUGUAGGACUUUGUGUUUGUUUAUAAUACAUCUCCUGUACUCCUGUACUGUGCUUUUUCUUUCCUCCUGUGCAUGUAUGUUUGUUUGAUCUUUUUAUAUACGGCGUUGGAGUCUUAUUUUAUUGAAUGAAAGUUUGUAUUUUUUAUGAUGUUUUUUAUGGUGUGAACUUAAAAAUCCAGCCUGUAAAUGAUCAGUGCUUUUGCAAAUGUAUUUUUUGCACAGUACCACAUAAAUAUGUACAAAAACA